AUGCAGGAUCCUGUGGAGCGUAUUAAUUGCCAGCGGAAGUUAGUGAAUCAGCGGCUCGGCCUUGAUGUUGCAGAAGUCAUUGGGGUUGACACUCAGAAUCUAUUUACAAAUGAAGAUUUAACAGACUCACAUCAAGGGGGAAUCACCUCACACAAUGGCCAGGAAAAAGAUGCAGUUGUGGAUAUUAUAAGAAGGGAGAUGAAAUCUGCGGGUUUACCAUUAAGUUCCAGGGAAAUGAAUAGGGCUCGGCGAAAGGCCAAGUUGUUAGCAAGACAGAAGUCGAUGGAUGUGUCUGAAUGUACCAGUGACGAGGGACCAGAGAAGAAGCGCAUGCGUCUGGCAAGUUCUGUGACAGUGGACCAAGCAGAAGCGACGAUGAGGAGAGAAUGGUGGUUGACGAAGGACCUGUGGGAAUGUAUCCAGGAGAGGAGGGAACUGAGUGGCCCCUAGAUUCAUUUUGUGAGCUUCUUGCAACAGACUUGUUCAGUGCCUCUUGGGAGGUGCGACACGGAGCUGCAACAGGGCUCAGGCAGAUCAUUAAAGUACAUGGAAGAGGUGGUGGGAAGGCUACUUAUCAUACAAAA